CGGAAAAAUAAAAAUGGAGAGGAUGUAUGUGCGACCAUUUCAAAGCGAGGUUCUCGCGAGUGAGGACCCAAUCGGAUAAUCUCUCAGAAGAGAGAGAGUGCGCGACGACGAUGGCGAUGCUAGAGAGCAUUGUCGGUGUUCUCAUCAUUAUGUUGCUUGUGAUCCUCAUCAUCAUUCUCCUCGCCUGCAAACCAUGGCGCUUCUUCUCCUCCUCCUCUCCCUCUCCCCCUCAGGUUGGCGAUUUAGAGAGACCCCUUGUUUCAGAUGAUGUCAAUCUUCCCCGGGACCGAAGUACUGAAACAACAAGAAAUUACGACAUUGAAGGAGCAUGUUUUCAAAAUGAGGGGCUUUUGCGUUCACCCCGAACACAAGGUCUCAUUCAUAAGCAGAGGAUUUCUGCUUCGCCUUCCCAUUUGACUCAAGGUGAUAGCUUGGCACUAGAUGAGAGUGCAGACCCAUAUGAGGAUGUUUUGGUUGGCCAGACACUGAAACGUCCAUUGGUGACAGACCACACAAUUGAAGUACCAAAGCAUGAUAGAAAGGAAAAUCAAAGCCCUAAGUUGAAUUUUGGUUUGGAAAAUAAUGUAUUUCGAGAGUUUGUGCCCAAGGUUGUCACAGAUCAAAGAAGUUAUCUCUCUCUGGAUGUCAUCUCUGGUCCGUCUCGUGGAUUGCGUUGCUGUUCACAGUCAACGAGUGCUUCUGGUCAAACUUUGACCCUAGGAAGGGUUUCUCCAAGCGACUUGUUGUUGAAAGACUCAGAGGUUUCUGGGAAGCAUGCAAUGAUAAAUUGGAAUUCAAAUAAAAUGAAAUGGGAGCUGGUAGACAUAGGCAGCCUGAAUGGGACACUUCUAAAUUCCCAACCAAUCAACCAUCAUAGCCCUGAAAGCAGACGGUGGGGUGACCCAGUUGAGCUUGCAAGUGGGGACAUUAUAACUCUUGGUACAACUUCAAAUAUACAUGUUCAUAUUACAUCUCAAUCUGAGUGCCAGAUCCCUUUUGAAGUUGGUAUUGCAUCAGAUCCAAUGGCUGUGCGUCGAGGAGGAAAGAAGCUUCCUAUGGAAGAUGUUUGCUACUAUCAGUGGCCCCUGCCAGGUGUUAACCAGUUUGGACUUUUUGGUAUCUGUGAUGGGCAUGGCGGAGCAGAGGCUGCCAAAUCUGCUAGCAAAACCUUCCCUGAGGUUGUUGCUAGACUUCUGUCGGAUACACUUAAAAGGGAGAGGGUUUUAUCACAAUGUGACGCUUCGGAUGUUCUUAGGCAUGCAUUUUGUGAAACAGAAGCUUCAAUGAACCAUCACCAUUAUGAGGGUUGUACUGCGACAGUGCUUCUGGUAUGGACUGAUGGUGAUGAUAAUUUCUUUGUGCAAUGCGCAAAUGUUGGGGACUCAGCUUGUGUAAUGAAUGUUCACGGGAGGCAGAUUAAGAUGACUGAAGACCAUAGAAUUACAAGUUACUCUGAAAGGCUACGAAUCAGUGAAAUAGGAGAACCAUUAAAAGAUGGGGAAACCCGUCUUUGCGGCCUGAAUCUUGGUAGGAUGCUUGGAGACAAAUUUCUGAAACAACAAGAUGCCCGGUUUAGUUCUGAGCCUUAUAUAAGUCAAGCCGUGCAUAUAGAUCAAGCCAGCAGUGCCUGUGCACUAUUGGCAAGUGAUGGUUUCUGGGAUGUCAUGAGCAUGAGGAAAGCAAUUCAGCUUGUUGUUCAGACGAAGGAGAGAUACUCUAAAGACGAUGAAUAUUCAGCAAAGAAGAUUGCUAAUAUAUUGUUAAGUGAGGCUAGAACACUGCGAACAAAGGAUAACACCUCCAUAAUUUUCUUAGACUUCGACAUGACAUCAGGGUUAUCCUCUUGUAAAGUUGAUUGUUAAUAUGAAUUAUAAGCUAUUAGCACAUAAAGUUUUGAUAGAAUUUGAUUUUACCUUUUCAA